CAUUAUAUAGUCGAUCCAUAGAAGCAGUUUUGUACUAUUAGUAACUAUUGUAGCAAUGUUAUUAUUAUAAUCACCAGAUUCAGAACUUUACUAUAUUUUAACAGAUCACCUGCAUACGGUGCUCAUGCCCUUGUGACACACAAAGUACCGAAUUCCACCGCAACUGUGCUGUUAUUUUCGGGAUUUGUGAGCAGAAGUCUACGUCCUUCUUAGGAAAAUGCAAGUUACUGACCUGGGAAGCAGAGAGACUGGCAAGAUCUGGCACAGAAAGCCCACUCCAGCCACUAACGACGGGGUCAUAGCAAGUGUUGUCCAUGGAGCUGCGGCACAUCUAUCCCCAAGCCCGCGCUUUUUGCAGGUGGCUUUUGACAGUGCCGGAGACUGUUUUCUCGCUGGAGAUCACCUAGGCAAUAUAUAUCUCUUUAACUUAAACAGAAACCGGUUUGACCUUGUCCAGCGAACAACACAGGCGUGCACAGCCUUGGCUUUUAAUCUUCACAGAAAGUCUGAAUUCCUCGUUGCACUGGCAGAUUAUUCCGUUAAAUGUUUUGACACAGACACGAAGGAGCUGGUGAGUUGGAUGCGAGGUCACGAGUCUACGGUCACUUCCAUCUCCAUACACGGCUCUGGAAGAUAUGCGGUAACAACAUCCAGUGAUACCGCUCAGUUGUGGGAUCUGGAUACUUUUCAGAGGAAACGAAAACUCAAUGUUCGGCAGUCUGUGGGAAUUCAAAAGGUAUUCUUCCUCCCUUUUAGUAACACUAUCCUUAGCUGCUUUAAGGAUGACUCUAUUUUUGCCUGGGAAAGUGAUACACUUUCUUGCAAAUAUCAACUACCGGUUCCAGAGGAUGAUACAAAAUUAAAGUAUAAAACUUUUGCCAUUACAAGGGAUGGAAGGAUGCUGGCAGCUGGUGGAAAAUCAAACAAUGUGCAUCUGUGGUGUUUGGACUCUAAGCAGCUGUUUAGAAUAAUUCAGAUGCCAACUAAGGUGCGAAGUGUCCGGCAGCUGGAAUUUCUCCCUGACAACUUUGAUGGUGGCUCCAGUCAGAUAUGCAUGCGAGAGCGAGAAACCGCUACAGUAAUACAAGACGUGGAAGUAAGAGAAAUGGAACUUGAAGCACAAAGACGUUUUUUUGAACAGCAACUUGCCAAAGAACAUGAAACAGCAGCACGCGAGGUGAAAGGAGAAGUAGAUGCCAAUCGCAGAAAGGCAGAACUUGAAGAUCAAAUGUUUUGGAGACUGCUGGAAACAGAAGACGACCUGAAGGAUCAGAAGCUGCUUGAGGAAUCCAUGGCAAAGGCUGAUCGAUUGUAUAUAGAGGCCGACUGGAAAAUUCAAGCCCUCCAGAAACAAAAAUCUGCUGACCUGGAUCGUGGGAGAAGUUACGCAGAAGUCGCAAAGCAAAAUGAGGAUUUUAAAGAAAAGGAGAGGGAGUUGUAUGACGUAAUAAAAGAUAUGGAGACCAGAAAGUGGGCAGAGGUUUCUGCAAGAAGAACUCAACUGGAAGCUGAACGACUAGAAAUGUCUGCGUUGGAAACACGAAGAAAGCCGUUAUUGCAAGCUAGAUUAACUCCGGACAUGGAAAUGGACAUCAUACAAGAUGAGGGAAAUGAAUAUUUUGAAAGACUUCGUGAUCUAAAACUUGGUGUAACAGAAAAAAAUUCCAGGCAAUGUGACAAGGAUGUUCCGGACAAGCCUGUAAACCCUUGCUUAAAUGAUGUGUCUUCUGAAACCUCCACUCAUUUUUCUCUAGAUAGAGGAAGAGGAGACCUGGAAAGCCGAGAACGUGUUCUUAUGUCAGAGGUCCGUGACCUGAGACAAAAGCUGGCUUCUCAGGGGCGCAGAAGAUAUCCAACUUCUUAUUUGUCGGACACACAGUGGACUUGAUGCUUUUACAUCAACAAUCAGAGCUUCAAGGAACUGAUUUGUUUGUAUUUAUUGUGUUUUAAUUUAGUUGAUUUGUAUAUAGAGCUUCAAAGAAAAUGUGGAAAUUUUAUUAAAAAUAAUCUAUAUAUAUAUAUAAAUAAAUGAAAACAUGAUUUUAACAUUAAAA